AUGGAAGGCCAGCUACCUGGGAGGCGCACACAAGAGGAGGAUUCGUCGUGUAGCUCAUCAGACGACGAUAGCUACGCAAGCAGCAGCGAGCGGUUGAAUGAGAACCGCAAGAGGAGGAAUGUUACCUGCGGAUGUGAGGAGGCCAACAACUUCCAAAUCUUCAGGUUAGACAACACGGUAAAGAACCUAAAUGGGACCAUCGACAUGCUCGAGGACAAGGUUUCAUCCCUGACGGAAAGCAACGCGCGCUCAAUGGCGCAGUUGGAAGCGGCGAAUCUGAGGGCGGCUGUAUAUGCAGCUUGUGACCUGGACUCGUCGAUGGAGGUGGAAGGGACGGACGGUCCUUCAACAUCUGCGGCGGCGAAGACGGUUGCUAAGGUCCCGUCUACAUCGACUGCAGCGAAGGCCGGAGCCAAGGCUACUGGAGGGAAAGGACCGGGGAAGAAGGCGGACCUGGCGAGUGCGACAUCGGCUGGAGGUGCAUCUGGCCAGGCGAACGGCGGUAGAGUGGGCAGCUCGGCAGUGCCACCAUCCAUCCAUCACCACCUACGACAUUGGAGUGAAGGAAAUGACGGCGAUUCUGCGGUCUACCAUCGACUCCAGGGAGUUCACCCUUACGAUGGUCCUGAAUCUUCCGUGGACAGCGAUGAAUUGGCCGAUCUGCAAUUUCGCAAAGGUGAUCCUCUAAAACGCAUCCCAGAAUCAGAACAAAACAUAUUCUUUUCCGAUGAGUUGAGCUCCUCGGAAUAUCAUGAUGAUCUAGAUAUUGAAAUGGAAAAUGGUGGCAACUAUGAAUGGGAUCUUCUGAUAUUUACCCAACAAUGGCCGGUGACCACCUGCUAUCAUUGGAGAGAAGAAGAUAAAGAUCAUGAAUGCAAAUUGCCGGCAGCCAAGGAAUUUUGGACUGUACACGGUGUGUGGCCGACGAAGAAAGGUCACAUUGGACCUUCAUUCUGUAAUAAGACGGCAAAUUUCGAUAUAAAUCUGCUGGACGAUAUCAAGGAUGAGUUGAAUCAUUUCUGGCCAGACAUUGAUGGUGAAUCGAAAGGUGAUUGGUUGUGGAAACAUGAAUGGCUGAAACAUGGCACCUGUGCCGCUGCUCUGGAGGAGCUAAACAAUGAACUGAAAUAUUUCUCUCAGGGUAUAACGUGGCGUGAAGAUUUCCAACUAUCGAAUAUUUUGGGUAAUUCUGGCAUACACCCGGAUUCAAAUAACACCGUGGUGGCCAUACACGCUGCCCUGGUAAAGGGUUUGGGCAAAAAUCCUUCCAUUCACUGUUUGUAUGACAGUAAAAAGGACAUAAGCUAUUUGGAGGAGAUUCGUAUCUGUUUCGAUAAGACGCUCAAUGUCACCGAUUGUGAUGGCGUAAAACUUGGCAAUGCGGUGUCUGUCGACUAUCCUGGCGGUACGCUUAUUUCGAAUUGUCACAUAUCAAAACCGGUGCAUUAUCCCAGUUUGGUGCCGAAUCGUCGACGCCAAGAGAAAUCCAAAUGGAAAUUCCCCAUUGUAAAUCUAUACAAGCUGGUACAAUUUAUUAUGUGGUUUACUCUAUAAGUGUCAGGUUA